AUGGCCGACACGUCUCUCAUAGAAGUGGCGCGACAAACACACGAGGAAGCGGAGCGAUAUCAACAAGCUCUCGUCGAUCUUCUCGUUUCUUCCUCCUCCACGUCGUAUGGCCUCACACACAAGGACAAACUGAAAAGGGCGCACGAGGCAUCCGACUUGCUCGACCGUGUCACGUCUCGCUACCAAUAUCUCGAUCGAUUCUACACCGAUGAGCACCAAGAACGCCAACGUGAGCUCGAGUCGCUCUCCUCCGCCCGCGCAGAUGAUGCAUUGGGCGAAUUUUACGAAAGACUAGCUCGCGUUCGCGAGUACCAUGAUAAAUAUCCUGGCGCGCUUCCUGACAGCUUCAACGUCGACUUUUCGUGGCUGCAAUCAGGCUCGGCUGGUUCGGCAGACAAGCGCGAGUCAUGGUCUGCAGCAGCGGCAUACACAGAUGCAGCGCAGCCCGACUUUGUUGAGCGUAUGUUUUCAGGCGAAGAGAUGGCCGGCAGAUUCUUGGAUCUGUACCUCCACCACGAAGCAUAUCUCAACCUAAAAGGUGUUAAGCGGAUUUCGUAUCUUGCAUACAUCGAUGACUUUGAUAAGCUUGCUGGACCUUGUUCGCCUAUUCCCAACCACGCAAAGAAAGCAGACGGAUACCGCGCAUAUCUGGUAAAUUUGCGCAGAUAUCUGGAUGCUUUUCUACGCAAGACACAGCCACUGUCGGAUGUCGAUGUUCUGUCAUCCAACGCCGUGGAUGAAUUCGAAGCAGCUUGGGAGCAGGGUCGGGUGGAAUGGUGGGAAGAACAAGGCGCCGAAGUGUUUGGUGGUGCGCGAGGGCAGCUAAAAGGCUCAUCGACGGCAGCGGCAGCAGCGGCCUCGCAGAGCAGCGAAGGUGGACAGGGGAUUUGGUGCACAGCCUGUCAAAGAUUCUACGCCAAGCAAACUGUAUACGAUGCUCAUCUGAAAUCGCCAAAACAUCUCAAGGCGGCGGCUCGGCUAGCACAAGCCGAAGAGGACCGAGGCGAAACGAGCAGGCCUCGCAACGACCAGCAGAUCGAAGCGGACAAGAUCAAGAUGCGCGUUCGGUCGAAAGCCAUUGCUCGUGAGGAGGCCGUGAUUCGAGCGCUGGCGACUCAACUCGCUGUGAUCCGGGCGGACACAAAAUCCAACGUGGAACGCAAAGCUGCCUUGACCGAUCGAGAACGACAGGCCGAGGCGGAAGCCGCCGAAGAAGAAUUGAACCGGAUGUCUGCGCUCCAUCCCACCUCUGGGCUAGACUCGAACGACGCCAACGACGCAAUCGAUCAAGGUGGCGAUGACGAUGGAGCAUCGCGAGUGUAUAAUCCACUCAAACUUCCGCUCGGAUGGGAUGGCCGUCCAAUUCCAUUCUGGCUGUACAAGCUGCAUGGUCUACGAAGCGAGUUCAAGUGCGAGAUUUGCUCGGACCACGUCUAUCAUGGUCGCAAGAACUUUGAAAAACAUUUCACCGAACCGAGGCAUGCUUUUGGUAUGAAGGCCUUGGGUCUGCCGAACACGGUGCAGUUUAGGGAUGUGACGAGCAUCGCGGAUGCAUUGGCGCUGGCGGACAAGUUGAGGAAGCAGGGCAAAAUGGAGCAGUCGCAGGCAGGCGUCGAUGCGCAGGAGGUGGAGGAUGAGCAUGGAAAUACGUAUACCAAAAAGACGUACGACUUGCUCAAAAGGCAGGGUCUUAUUUGA